AUGCGAAUUGAUAUUUCUAUGACUUUGGGUCAACCAGAAAUUCCAAAUACAAAAAACGGUCUAGAAUUCCCUGAUUGUACCCAGGAAUACCUUCUGAUUGGUAAAUUUAAGCUCUGUGGCGUUCAAACCAAACAACACCUUUAUGUACCCAUCGAUAAAAAAGCUGGAAUGGAUUCUCUAGAAAUUGUCUUCAAAACAGCCCAAAGGAAAGGACUUUCUAAGCUACCACCUCUUUCCUGGAAUUUAGAGGUUACUCAGCUUGAGUGUCCUGAUGGCAUUUCUUUGUUCAGAAGUUCCCAGCCAGAAGGAAGAGCACGUGGAAAAAAAGAUGGUUUCCUUUUAGCUCCAGCAGGAUGCGAUCAGUACUACCCGGAAACGGAAGGAACAGUUCGUUCAUUCAAUUUUAACGAUGGAGAGGGUUUAUAUCCUUUCAAUUUGACCUAUGCCAUGUGUUUCAGGAGGACACCUACCACAACUGGAUUAUUAAUCAAUGCUGAAGCAUUUAAUCUUCCCCAAGAAUCAGAUGGUGUUACUAUAUUUGCCCAAACAGACACCCAAUGUUAUCCCCAAUUGCCAACCGAAGGACGUAUCGAUGAUUAUCUGAUGAUUCCACAAGCACAGGUGCAGGAAAAUGAAGUUCGAGCAAAUUAUUUCUGUGGAGAGAGUAUUAAUGGAUAUAGGGUUUUGAGCACAAUGCCAGGACCAAUGUCUAUUGUUUUUCACAGUGGUUCAGUUUAUCGAAAAGGAACUAAAUCUCAAGGCUUUUCAUUGGAUUAUCAAGUUAUUUCUUCGUAA